UGCGGGCAUUUAUGACUCUGUUAUCUGCUAGUAUACGGACCAAUGCGUGCCUCGUAUGUAUGACUCUUGAGAUAAGAAUAGGUACAUGGUCAUGAUAGUCAAGGCAGAAGUAUAGAAAAUCCAUCAUGACUCUAAAACAAGGAUUUACAUUGAUUUCGAUGUUUUUACGAGAGUAUUGAUUCUGUGUAGAUUCUAUUAUAGAUAUCAUGGGCGGGGCAUUGCCGCACGGACCCUACUUUCAGUGUGUCCCUGAGUCAAGCGACAUCAACUGCGUUUUUGGGUGCCAAACACGCCGUACCCGUCUUUCUUAAGGAGCCUCAUACUCCCACCCCUUCGCUUCAAUCCAAUUCGCAUACAGACCAAACCGAAAGUCUGCAAUCAUGUUGGACGUGAAAGACUUCAUCGAGGCCCACGACAUGGGCGGCAAUCCGGAGAAGAUCCGUGAGAGCCAGCGCAAGCGUUUCGCCAACGUCGAGAUCGUCGACGAGAUCAUUGCCGAUUUCGAGGACCACCGAAAAACCCAGUACGCAGCAACACAGAUCGGAUCCGAGAUAAACGCACUCCAGAAGCAAAUAGGCCAGAAGAAGAAGGCGAAGGAGCCCGCAGACGAACUGCUCGCGGAGAUUGCGACAAAGAAGGAGGAGAAGAAGAGGAAAGAAGAAGAGGCUACUGAAAAGCUGGCCAAGCUGAACGCGAAGGUCAAGACCGUCGGCAACUAUGUACACCCGGAUGUGCCGAUCUCAGAUAACGAGGACAACAACGUUGUGUACCGCAAAUGGUCGCCAGAAGGCGUCACUCCUGAGGGAAAGGAGAAGGAUGGCUGGAUACCUCACCACGGUGUCUUGACAAGACUGAACGGAUUCGACAGCGAACGUGGUGUCAAGAUCGUAGGCCACCGAGGCUACUGUUUGACUGGUUAUGGCCUUUUCUUGAACUUGGCGCUCAUCAACUACGGCCUUGAGUUCCUGUUCAACAAGGGCUACACCCCCAAUCAACCUCCCUUCUUCAUGCUCAGGGAUCAAAUGGCCAAGACCGCCCAGCUUUCUGAUUUCGAUGAGGAGCUUUACAAGGUCACCGAGAACAAGGACAAGCCAGAGACUGACAAGUACUUGAUCGCAACCUCAGAACAGCCAAUCUCCGCGCUGCACUCAGAAGAGUGGCUCGGUGACAAGGAUCUCCCCAUCAAGUAUGCCGGAUACAGCACAAACUUCCGCAAGGAAGCCGGUUCUCACGGAAAGGAUGCUUGGGGCAUUUUCCGAAUCCAUCAGUUCGAGAAGGUCGAACAGUUCCUCAUCACAAAGGCAGACAAGUCAUGGGAGGCAUUCGACGAGAUGUUGGCCACCUCUGAGGAGUUCUACAAGAGCCUAGGACUCUCCUACCAGGUCGUCGGCAUCGUGUCCGGCGCCCUCAACAACGCCGCAUCUCGGAAGUGCGAUCUGGAGGCCUGGUUCCCCGUGACUGGCGGCGGCGAGUACAAGGAACUGGUGUCGUGCUCCAACUGCACCGACUACCAGACGCGCGAGCUCGAGAUCCGAUACGGUGUCAAGAAGCAGACGUCCAACAGGAAGGACUACGUGCACGCGCUCAACGGCACGCUCUGCGCCACGGAGCGCACCCUCUGCUGCCUGCUGGAGAACUUCCAGACCCCCGAGGGCUUCAACGUGCCCAAGGUGCUGCAGAAGUACAUCCCCGGCCAGCCUGAGUUCCUGCCCUUCGUCAAGGAGUGGAAGGCCGAGAAGGCCCUCCCCGACAGGACGAAGUAGAUACUCUCCCAAAGGCAGAAUGAGAGCAAGAGCCCAAUUUCUAACGAAAUAAAAAGAGAUAUUGGAUCAAUGGAUGGCUGGAUGUAACGGUGAAUUCAGGACGGACGGGAAACAAAUUAGCGCCUAGAAUAGUGCGAGA